CCAGGCACGGAGGGAGGGACGCUCGGCGGAAAUUUGACACGCUAGCUUCAACAGCGACGUAUCGGCGGAGGGUGGCGACCGAAACUAAUCAAAACGGCAGUCCACCACCUGGACCAUCAAUCCGGGAUUUACGCGCAAAGGCGAUCAAUCACCGGACCGCCGUAAACCUUGGAAAGUCAGCGGUUUUUGAGUUGUUACCGGUGACGACAUGGCUGAAUGUAACGUUAGCAUCGACCAGAAAAAACUACCUGGAGUGAAAGAGGUAUGUAAAGACUUUGCUGUGCUGGAAGACCACUCUCUGGCCUAUAACCUGCAGGAACAAGAAAUUGAAAGCCACUUGGCUUCCAAUGUACAUAAGAACCGCCUGGUGCAGAAGGACCUGCAGGUGGCAAAGAAGCUGCAGGAGGAGGAGGACGAAAUAGCCAAGAUCCAGAGCCAGAAACAAAAUAGUGACAUAGAGCGACAAGAUAUUGAGAUCGCACAGGAGAUUCAGGAAGAACUGGUCCGACAGGCAGAGCGGCAGCGACAGCAGGAAGAGAAGGAUGCAGCUAUUGCUCGUAAGCUGCAGGAGAAGGAGAUGAAAGAGGAAAGGAGGAGACAGAAACAGGUGGAAGCCAAACAUGAGGAGGAUUACUUUGAGGAUCACGGAGAACCCAGAACUGUCGAUGUGGACAAACAUGCCCGUCAGAAAUCCAGAUCACCGGAACAUUAUGAUUCCUACUCUCCAACACGCCCAAACCGAAAACACUCUCCAGAUUAUUAUUCCGCUGAGCCCAAAAGGAGCAGGUAUCCAAAGCAGGACCCUGCAGCCCCUCGAAGCCACCCCAGAUAUGCAGAACACUACUUGGAGGCAGAACAAGGGCGUAGCAAGCAUGCAGAUCCAUAUCCAGAACACCUGCUGCCCUCUAGAGGCAAGCAUGCAGACAGGUACCCAGAGUUUGAGCCUUCAUACACUGGCAGAGCCAGGGACCAGGAUGUAGAUGGAGUGAUAAGGAGGAAAGAGAGACCAGCCAGACCACCUCCACCACAUGCUACUCUAGAAAGAGACAAAGACGGGUACAGGCAUGAUAGGGACAGGGACUAUAAAGUGGGGAGGCAUAUGGAGAAGGAGUACACAAGAGAGAGAGAGCAUGAUCCCAGGCAGAGAAGGGAGAGGGAAAAAUCCAGAGAUCGGAUACCAAGUGAUGACCUACAGAGAGAAAGAGACAGACUAAGACAGAAAGACAAAGAGCGACGGCGAGCCAGAAGCAGGGAGCGAGGACUCGACUUGGACUCCUUAGAAGUAGGGUCCAGCAGAGACAGGCGAAAAGAGAACAGGGGAUCCUUGGAGGAGGAAGAGGAUGAUGGAGGAAGGAGGGCCAGGAGCAGGCAGCGCAUCCACUCCAGCCCAGUCGACGUGUUCGAUGUGGUUCUGAACGGCGAAGACCGAGGAGACCCAAAGGAGAUCUGGGACCUCCAAAAGGGGGAGGCUUCUGAGAGGGAGCGCAGUCUUAGCCAACCCAACAGAGAGACAGGCCAUAUUGUGCAUGCAGGAAGUAGCUCAGCUAUUGCAGACCCAGAGUAUGGGCUGACUGAAGCCACACAGGGGCUGACUGACCUCGACCUCCGGGAGCAGGAGCUUAAGGACAUGGAGGUCGCAAGAAGACUUCAAGAAGAGGAACUCAGGAAAGCAAGCCAUAUGCAGGAGCGUGCUGCCCAGAUGGCAAAAGAUGAGGAAAUAGCUCGGCUCUUGAUGGAAAAGGAAAAGAAGGAGUACAGAAGGAACCGAGAACGUGAGAAAGAGAAGGAGCGGGAGAGGCUGGCCCUGGAGAAGAUGGCCGCAGAGAGAAAGCGACACGAGGGCAACUACAAGGAGGAGGUGGUGCGGCCUCGGACGCGAGAUGAGUACGACCAUCAUAGACAGAGGAACAACAACAGAGCUGCUCGACCUCCUCAGCCUCGUACGCAUGAUUAUGAGAAUGUUAGCUCAGUGUAUGGAUACUCAGACCACCCCGCUGCCUCUCGCCCUCCACAGAGACCUGAAGCAACUUCUAGAGGUGCCUAUCAGAGGCGGUGACUUGGGAUUUAUACCUCAUCCAGACCUGCUGUCCGCCCUCCAUCUAUUCUUUCUUUUUUUAUAUUUAUUUAUCCUUUUAAACAUUCACUAUCCUUUUUGCCAAAAGCUUUGGGGACAAUCUAAUGUGGUUGACUUGGACUUUUUUUUUUUUCCAUUUUAAACCCUUUUAAGUUGACCAGAGAUGUGAGUCAGUGAGUAUUGAAGCAACUUUUUUUUUUUCUUUUGUUAAUCUGACGUUAGCACUCGCCAAAGGUCCAGACUCGCCACAUGAAUUUUAAAUGAUUUUUGCUCCUUACCUGCUCUGGUCAUUAGAUGCAGAGAUCUGUGCCAUCAUCAUCAUGAUCAUCAUCGUCAUCAUGAUCAUUGCUUCAUUCCUCUUCUGGAUGGAAAUACUGGAAUCAGGCUGUUUCUUCGUUGCUCUUUGUGGGCAGUCUGUGUCUGCUUCUGCCAAUACAGUGUCUUGUGUAUCAACAUGGCAGCUGCUUUUUGACAUCUCUACUGUCGCUCUGUUCAAUAGACGGGCUUUCUCCAUGUGCCACAGCCUGUGACUCGUACGAGGCCUAUUUCUGUUGGUCUGGGUUUACCGAGGGCAAAAGAAAACAACAAAGCAGGCCUUUAUCAUUGUGCUGUUAGCACUCUGUUUUCUGUAUUGUCAUUGAGCUUGGGAACAAUCCCUUAAAUAUCUUAUUUUUCUUCUUUUCUGUGACAUUUUGUUUGUUUUUUAGCCUCUGUAACUUCAAACUGAACGUGGUAUGACUGUAUAUUUAAUUACUGUUUCUCUGUGCAUGCUUACUGAGAUUGUACAUGCAUUUCAGCUGUAUAUAAAAUAAUCCAGCUUUUACUUAAUAAUCAGAAAGGGCUAAAGCCACAAGCAGCCAAUAAUAUUCUGUCUGAAUAAACAAAUAUCUACUUGUUCAUAUCCUUUGUAUAAAAUGACUUUUCUGCAACUUUUUUCAUAUUUCCAGUUUAAAACUGAAAUGCAUGUACAUCUGUUGUCUGUCAAAGCUGGAUUUAUGCUUGUGCUUUACAGCACAGAGGUUGUAUGUUUGAAUAUUUGCUUUUUUUAUGCUGAUAUGCUGUCAAAUUAUGUUAAAAUUAUUGUCAAAUUCUAGAUUAUUUCUUCAUGGCCAAAUUCUUGUGCUGUAUCAGUUAUUUGUUCUCAAAGGGACCUUUAUAUUUAUUUUUAUACUAAAAUUUGACUUUCCUGUCAUUGUUUUCUCAUGACCCAAGCUUUUACUGACAUCACUUCCGGGUAUUUGUCUUGCAAUCAAAGGCAGACAUCCUUUCCUGUAAGGAAUUUACAUAACAGAUCAUUUUACAGUGCUGAAAAAGUCCAUCCUAAUUAAGAAAAGUCCUGCUGAAAGAUUAACAUUGUUUUGUUACUUUUCAAUUAAGAAAUGGAAUGAAGAGCACAUUUAUUUUAAGUUAAGGGGGUUAAACGUAAUGGCAACCUGUUUAAUUUGAAUACUCAGUGCUGAUUCUCAGCACCUAUGCUGUCAUUACUGUUGCUGAAAUGGAAAAGUAGCUUCUGUUCAAGUUUUCUAGCUGUAAAGAGAAAUAUCAGUUUUCUUUUACCAAGUAUGAGCUGUUGGUGUUGCUGGAGACAAACAUGAAGGUGGUGAAUAAAACUGUGCUAAAGUGUUGACUGAAUGGGGCGUGUGCCAUGUUAUUACUUUUCAGGGAUUAAAAAAGGUUUAAAA